GGAAACCAAAACCUUGAUGAUUACAUGAAAGAUAGGAAAUUCCCUUUUAACUUAGAGUCUGUCAUGUUUGGACGUGUCCUGCAAGAUGUAGACUCCGUCAAACGCAGUGCAUUGAUCAUCAAGCAAAUAAUGCGUCAAAUUAUUACUUCGCUCAAGAAAAUCCAUGACACGGGCAUUGUUCAUCGGGAUGUAAAGCCAGCAAACUUAGUAGUGACGAAGAAGGGACAGAUCAAGCUCAUAGAUUUCGGGGCAGCCACUGACCUCCGGAUUGGAAAGAAUUAUAUACCAGACCGCACCCUGCUAGACCCUGACUUUUGUCCUCCUGAACUAUAUGUGCUCCCAGAGGAAACACCGAAUCCUCCUCCUGAGCCUAUUGCUGCAUUACUUUCUCCGAUUCUUUGGCAGCUCAACAGUCCUGAUCUCAUUGAUAUAUAUUCUGCUGGAAUUAUACUAUUGCAAAUGGCAAUACCUAUAGAAUUGAUAUGUUUUGUUGGUUUGCAUUCUGAUAAGCUAAGUUGUUUUAUAUACAUCUUACACACACACACACACAAUAAACUAAUGUUGUAAAGGUGGCGUGCUUGCUGUCCAUGCUGCAACACAUCAGAGCACAUGAGUUGUACCAUGUGGUAAUCUGCUGUCAGGGAAUGUUGCAGUGCUUGCUGUCCAGGUUGUAUUCCACUUGUGCAGUUGAUGGAGCAGAUUGUGUUGUUGAUGAACUGAUCUCCUUUGAUGUAGGAGAUUCCUUAACACGCCCCCGCAAGACGGUGGCACCAUCGGAGACACCGAUCUUGGAACGAAGGAGAUGGAAACGUGGACGUGACAAGGAUUUGGUCAGAGCGUCUGCAAGCUGAUCAGUAGUGGAGACAUGAGAGACUUGAAGAAGACCACGAGUGACGCGAUCCCGUACAAACUGAAAAUCAAUAUCGAUAUGCUUCAUACGGGAAUGGAGAACAAGAUUAGCACAAUAGAACAUGGCUCCAAUGUUAUCACAAGAAACAGCCGGUGUUGUGGGGAGAGAAAUGCCAAGUUCACGCAGUAAGGACUGAAUCCCUAUGAGUUCAGCAGUGGUGGCAGCAAUGGCCCGAUAUUCGGCUUCGGUAGAGGAGCGAGAGACAGAGCGCUGCUUUCGGGAGCUCCAAGAGAUGAGAUUGCCACCGAGAUAGACAACAUAGCCAGUCGUAGAUUUGCGAUCAUCACGAUCACCAGCCCAAUCUGUUGGAAAUGUGCCCUAAAACCAAUCAUAUGAUGAUACUUUAUGGACAUUUCACAUGUUAAACUAAUCUAGUUUAAUAUUAAGGGCAAACAUUAUUGUUU